GACACUGGAGAGAGAGGUUGAUUACUAUGAAGCUCAGCAAGAUUUUCAAAUGCUGCUGCUCAGCGCCCAUGGAGGAGUCAUCCAACAGGAAGAAAGGAGUGCAGAAAGGUAUGGAGACCCUUGUAGCCACUCCUGAGAUGCUCCAACUGGAGGCAAGACCAAGUGCAGAGAUACAUGCUCUUACAGAGCCUCUGAGAGAGGAGACUCCAGCAGAGCCAAACUUUUACCUUCAUGUCAACUGGUGGAAUUACCAGAAAAGAUCUGAGAGGAUCCAGGUACUGAACGAAGACCAGAGUCAGCUUGCCUACGAAACAAAGUGUCAGCUGGAGGAAGACAGAGUGGCAAUGCUUCAUAACUGGUUUGCCCGGAGACAGGAGGCACUGGAUUUAAUGGCUACUGAUGCCAAAGAGCUGACUGCACUGGCUGACAAAGAUCAGCUGGCCGGGGUCUCUCUCAAGUGGAGAGAGGUCUUGAGAAGGAACCAGAGCGGUUCAGGAACCCUUUCUGCUGAAGAAUCAGGAACCCUCUUUGCUGAAAAAUCAUGGGCUGAUGCAGCCGACGGACAAUGCAACACCCUGGCCCAAUCAGCAACCCUCUCUGCUGAACCCUCAUGGGCUGAUGCAGCCGACGGACAAGAGAAGACCUCCAGCAGACGGACAAGAUACCUCUGGUCAAGAAUCAUGAGACAAUCCUGGCGAUCUGGACAAAUCAACUCAAACUAGGAAUAGGGGGGACUCAAAAAAUGACAAACAUUAAAAAAAAUAUACAUUUACCAAUUUGGACUUCCUCAGGUAACCCCUUCAACACACAGGGUAAAGGAUCCUGAGACAAGGAGGUGGGAGAUCAGGAAAACCACUCCUGCUGAAACACAUUUAUUAUAUAACUGCACAUAAACGUAGGCCUAUAUUUUAAGUGCAAGAUUUUUAUAUUUAAUAUUAAAUUUGGGAUUAUUUGUUUCACUCUAAAUGCCAUCUUGCUGUUACUUUUCAU